UCACGUGAAUUCAUUCUUCAUGAAUAAAAAAGAAUUGGGUCACAAAGUUUAAACAAAGCGAAUUGUCUUGCGUGUUACGCAAUAUUGCAACCUUUGCACCUGGUUGCAUAUUUUUUUUCAUUUAUCUUGACUUUGAUAUUGGAAUUAGAAUUACAGAGGGCAGUAUGUCGCGUGAAUCUGUCCACCGUGGAUUUUUUCUGCUGUGUAAAUACCUCCCCGCCCUGGCCUUACAGGGGGUGGGGUUUUUCACCCCUCACUGGAUAGAAAAUGAAAAGUAUAACUGUACACAAGGACUUCUCGUUAAUAAGAACUGUACCAGUGAUGUCGAAGACCUUCAUUCCGCGGUCCUGGGUUUGGAGUCUGUCGCCUUUGCCCUGCUUGCCAUGACAACCAUUGUAAAUAUCGUCCUAGAGUGUUGCUAUGGAGAAAACAAUCCCAUGACUGCAAAGGCUCGCUGUAUCUGUGCAUUUUUCUUUGGGAUUGGAGGCAUCCUAGGACUGAUAGGCUGCGUGGCUGUUUUUGCAGAGUAUACACAUGAUACCAGGGGGUGGUCCUUUUGGGUUAGCUUUGCAGGAUCUAUUGUUGCCAUUGUCACGUGGACAACGUUCAAGGACACCAGGGAUCUUUUUAAGGACACAAGUUACCAGACUCUGUAGUAAUUACAGUACAAAUACAGAUACAGACACAGGACUGAUUCACUACAGGCUUUUGCAUGAUGUACCGGGCUAUCUUCUUCAUGUAAAUAAGUUUAUAUAUGUAAAUAUUUCGUAUCGUAAUAAAAUAGAUUAUGUACAAAAAACUGUAAAGAAAAUAAACUAGAAAUACAAACAUUGUGUACUUCAUUCUUUGUACUUUAACAUCAACUUUUUUUUUAUCUAUGUUUGAUAUUGUUUUUAAUUUUAUUAAAAUUCUUAAGGUUAUCAUUAAAGUUUUAUACAAGGAUUUUUUCCCUCGAUAAAACAGUUAUGUGAUCUUAACCAUUAGUGUUUUUGCACUGCUCUAUGGAUUGAGUUUAGUUCUCCCGCUAUACCGGUAUUUCUAGAUUGACAUGUACAUAUUUAAAACUUAACUAUUCUACAAAUGACUGAAUACUUAUUUGAAACUUUUCCCAAAAAAGUUAGUUCAUUAUAAUAUAAACUUUGCCGAUUGUUUGGAAAUUUGAGGAUUCAUUAUGUACAGUAUAUUAUAUAUUGUUUUAUUUCGUGACUCAUUUGUUUACAAUGAAUGAUAUAUACUUUUGUACGUCAUUAUACAGUAUUGAUUAUUUUUGUGAAUGUUCAUUGAAUUUAUCUUUAAAUAGAUCUGCAUAAAUAAAUCAUUAAAAUGAA